GGGAAACACAGAAUAAGGGGUUACUGUGGGGGCAGCACCUCAAGGUAAAGGGCACUGGGGUCCGGCAGGGACAUGGAUGAGAGCGGCAAGCGAGACACUGGCCAGUAGGAGGCGCUCUGUACACUGGAGAGCUACUUCCCGAGACGACCAGCAGAAGGCACGGUGCUGGUGAGUCUUGACCUCGCUACAGCGCCAUUGGAUUAGAGGAGCUUUUGUGGCAAGUACCACCAGUAGAGCAAUGUUUGUGUAAUAUAAUAUCAUAAGCAUAUUUUCAUAAAGAAUGUAGAGUAUAAUAUCACACCCCACAUGUAUGUUUGCUGCUCUGCAAAUAGUAAAGGAGCAUGCACCUUUGGGUCUAAAUGCUCAUGACGAUAAUGCAGAGCCAUGCAAGCUCCAUGAUUCUGUGUGAGAUGGCAGACAGUGAGGAGGGCCAGGCAGGUUAGUGGGUUUAGAAAAAAAGGUGUAAUGAUUAUGUAUACGUUUAUGUAUGGGAUACUUAUAAAAUUAGUGGAUGGUUUACAAUGCAUUAUAAGAAGUUGGAUCCCAUGGCCACAACCACCCCGUCUGACCUGUUUGAUACCCAGCAUAUACUGCCAAACCAAAGCUUCCCAAAAUACAGUGGGUGGAUAGUGGGAUAUCUAUUCAUGGUGCAUCUCACUCUGAAUCUAUACAAGUGCUUCUGGUGAGUACCCUGACUGCUGAGGCAAGGAGUCCAGGAGGCAUGCACACAAGUGACAUAGUAAUGGUAGUGACUCUAUGGUGACAUAACUUGAGUUAACCCAAACUUAGUGUACAUAUGGCCUUAGGUAUAUUAAAUGUUUGGGAGUAUGAGGGUAGACUAAGAUUCAUUCAGGUGUUUAGGCUCAAGGCAUUGGAACUGGCCUUACUGCACCAUACAGGCUCAGGAACAAAGAGGCACAAAAAAAAGGUAUCAUUUAUUUAUUAAAAUUUCUUGACUUGAGGGUGUAUAACUCCAUGAUUUUAGAAUUCUUGUGAUUGUAAAGGGAUCUUGGGGUUGUAGAUGUGUGUUCAUUAUGUUUUGAAAAGAAAAACUAAUGAACGGGUUGAACAAAGAAUUAGAUCAGUCCCUCAGGAUAAGUAGAUUGGCUAUUAACCAAGAUAAUCAGGGAUGCAGGCCCAUGCUCUGCAUGUCCCUAAAACAUUCUUUGACUGCCACAUAUUGGGAGUGGACAAUGGGAUGGUUCAAUGGGUCGUUGCCUGGUCUGAUCAUUCCCUUAGAAGUACCUGGCAUUGGCCACUGUCACAAGACAGGAUACUAGAUUAGGCGGACUAUUGGUUUGACCACCAAUAUUUACCCCAUUGGUGGAUUGACUCAAAACAAAGUUUUGACAAUAGGCCAGAAAUUCAGAGUGGAAGUCAGAUGAUCCAACAGAAUAAACAUCUGCUCUACAAAUGAGAAGAAAAAAUUAGAAAAUUAGAAUUAAAAAUUCAGGGAAUUCAGGGAAUCCCAGCAGCAGAUAAGACAACUUGACUCGGAGACUUUAUGCAUUCAGAUACAGUGAUAAGGGAUUCUUUGUUUCUGAGGGGAUAUAUGUAAAAUAUUUCACUGAAUUAAGUUUGAGAUUAUCUAUACUGGCAAGUUAAAACGCUCUAACUUGCUAGCUCAGGGGUUGGAAAAAUCACAACCCCUCCCCGCCCCCCCCCCCCGGGCGAGCAAGUUUGAGCGCUUUAAAGCGCUAGUGUGGACAGGCUCGGCUCCCCGUGCUUGGAGCUAAUUCCCUCAUCAAGGUGGAUUACCAGGAGCACUGGCACCUGUGACAUCCCUUUGAACUUUGUAGUGUAGACAUAGCCUCAGUAGGUUAGAUCAGACAAAGAGGAGAUGCAUUGGGAUGCCUGUGCCUUUAAGAACCCAGCCCUGGGAAGCGGAUGCUGAGAGGUGCUGUCUGUGAGAGGGGGAAAUAAAAAAGCCCCUUUGCCCCCCCCCCACCAUUUUGGCAAACACUGGUGUCUCAGUCCCACUGGGGUAACUGCUACCUCCUCUGCCCCUGCCUGUGCUGGGUUUUGCCCUCUGCCAGCGCCUCACUCCUGGGCUUAACUCCACCUUCUCCCCCCCCAUCCCUGAUUUUCCCUUUAGCCCCUCUCCUAAUCCUGCCUCCAGCUGCUUGACCCCUCUGACCAGUCAAUUUCCACCCCCUGCUCAGACCCUGGCCACCCCCCUGCUCUGAUUCACCCCCUUUGCCACUUUUUAACCCCUGUCAAAAGCAGUUCGCUUUUAUGGGUAUAAGGGCAGGGUGAAGGGCAGUGGCUUCAGCAGAUGAACUGAGCAUGCUCAGUACACCGUAAGUAGCACAUUACUACGCAGCACAAUAUUGGUGGCUCACGCUCCUGUGUGUUGCCAUAGCGUAUCGUGACAAUGGACGGAGCACGGAGACCAGCUAGGUUAAGUUGUCCUCUCCUAUUUCCAUCCCUGUCUCUGGCUCGGUUAUUUUCGUAACUGAGGUUUGUCUUCAGACACUUGAGUUUUGCAGGUUCUCUCGUGUCAUUUGUGCCUGGCUUCCUGCUGUGAUCGCUGCCUGCUGUUUUGUGUUCCUACUUGUUUCUGGGUCUGCUACAGAUGAAAACAAAGCUAUUCUGCAAACAGUGUCAAGGCUUGUACCUUGUCCCAUAAUAGGUUACUGGUGAGAGAACACAAUUAAGCAACAUAAGACAAAAGCUAAAUAGAUAGCAUCAUGGUCACUGCUCAGGAGUCAGGACAACCACAGACCUGCUGUGACAUCUUAUGCAAUCCACUUCAUCUGUGAAGCAGAGAAAAUGCUUUCUUCCUUGGUUAAUAUUGUUUCGGGUGAUUACUUUUGGCUUAAAUGCAUUUACUCUCCGCUAUGUAUCAAAAGAAAUGGUUGGCCUUGUGAAUGUAAGGCUAACAUUGCUUUAUUCUACAGUUGUUUUCUUAGCCAGAGAGGCGUUCCGUAGGGCUUGUUUGAGUGGCAGCACAAAGCGAAAUUGGACCAAAACUAUUAAUCUUUUGUGGCUAACAGUUCCUUUGGGGGUGUGUUGGUCACUGUUCCUGGGCUGGAUCUGGCUACGGUUACUUGAAGUUCCUGAUCCUAACUCAGUUCCCUACUAUAAGAUUGGGGUAGUUGCAUUUGGUCUUUCUGCAGUGGUUGAACUUCUAGGAGAACCAUUCUGGGUUUUGGCACAAGCACAUUUGUUUAUUAGGCUUAAGGUAAUUGCUGAAAGUCUUUCAAUAAUCUCCAAAUGCGUUUUGACAGUUAUUUUAGUAGUGCUGUAUCCACAAUGGGGACUUUACAUUUUUUCUUUGGCCCAGCUUUUAUACACCAGUAUUCUGGUGUUGUGCUAUGUAAUGUAUUUCAUGAAGUUUUUGGGUUCUCCUGAAGCAACAAAGAAAUCUUUUCCAGUUUCUAGAAUGACAGAUCUGUUACCCAACUUGACUGAAGACCAGACUGUGGUUGACUGGAAAGAGGCUAGGUUGACUUGGAGCUUCUUUAAACAAUCUUUCUUGAAACAGAUGUUGACAGAAGGUGAAAGAUACGUGAUGACUUUUUUGAAUGUGCUAAAUUUUGGAGACCAGGGUGUGUAUGACAUAGUGAAUAACCUUGGUUCUCUGGUGGCUAGAUUUAUCUUUUUGCCAAUAGAGGAGAGUUUUUACAUUUUCUUUGCUAAGGUGCUGGAAAGAGGGACGGAUGUAAAGCUACAGAAACAAGAUGAUAUUGCAAUGGCUGCAGCAGUGUUGGAGUCACUGUUAAAACUCGUGCUUCUGGUAGGCCUGAGCAUUACAGUUUUUGGCUACGCCUAUUCUCAACUGGCUCUGGAUAUUUAUGGAGGUUCAAUGCUCAGUUCAGGAUCAGGUCCCAGUCUCCUGCGCUGCUAUUCUUUAUAUGUCCUGCUUCUUGCUGUCAAUGGAGUAACAGAAUGUUUUACAUUUGCUUCUAUGUGCAAAGAGGAGGUAGACAGGUUCAAUUUUGUUAUGCUGGCCUUGUCCUUCACAUUCUUGUGCGUCUCUUAUUUCUUGACUCAGUGGCAAGGCAGUGUAGGCUUUAUCCUUGCAAACUGCUUCAAUAUGAGUAUUCGAAUAGCACACAGCAUUCACUACAUCAACAAUUACUUCAAAGAGGGCUCUUACAGACCUUUGAAAGGGCUGCUACUCUCACCAUCACUAAUUUUUGUUUAUAUUAUUAGUGGAGUAGUCACUGUUUUUUCAGAGGUAUUCUUGUGCUGUGAUAAAGGCUGGUUGGCGAGGCUGAUUCACAUCACUGUGGGAGCUCUGUGCUUUGCAGCAACACUUAUCACUGUAUUUUUCACAGAGACCAAGCUGAUUAACUUUGUUAGAACGCAGUUCCUGUCACGAUAUACCAAGAAAGAAACUUAAAAUGAUCAUGUACGGAAUAAUUGUUAUGUAUGUAUGUAUAUGUUUGCUACAAAGGUAUAUUUUAUAUAUAAAAUAGCACAGGAUAAGUUUUAAUGGCACCUUGUAAGAUUGCUUUUAAAAAAAACAAAACAAAAAACAAACUCCCAUAGAAAAUUUCUGAGACUGUGUAGCUGAAAUGGAAAUAUUUGGCAACCAGAUACUAUUUCCAUUUUCAAAUCCUUUAAACUCAUAACAGGUUCCAACACAAAUUAUACCAACCCUGAGCCAGGUAAUUCUCCUUGUCAUUCUUAUCAAAGCUUUUUCCUUCAUAACGGUAUUGCCUAACUUUUUGUUUUAGCAGAAUGAAAUAACUAGGACUUGCACUGAUGCAAACCUUCCUUUUGGGAGGCCCCUGUUGUUACAAAUGGGACUGCCAAGGGUGACAGUGUCAAAGAAUUAGACUUUACCCACUUUUACACAACUAUCAAAUAUUAAAAUGGAUGAAUGACUCUUCAAAGAAAGUGAGGCCACUUAAUUAUUAAGAAUAUAUACACUGUGUUCAAGGAGAACAACACUGGACAAUAGAGCAUGUACUAAUGGUAACUUAAUAGUAUACAGAAACAACAUUAUCCAGUACAAAGAAAUUGACUUACUAAUGUUGGGAAACAUGAAACAAUUUGGAACGGAAAACUUCAGACAUUUUAUGUUCUAAACAAAUAAAUGGAAUGCACAAACUUUUA